AUGUCUGACGCCGGUCGCAAGGACUUCAGCACUAAGGCCAAGGAGGAGAUCACUCCCGACUCCACCAAGUCCACUCAGGACAAGGUCAAGGAGACUUUCACCGACACCACCGACCGCCUCACCCGCGGUGCCCAGACCGACAAGAGCAAGGGUGGUGCCCAGGAGACCUUCGACAAGACCCAGCGCGCCAGCGACAACGAGGCCCACGGCGGUGCCACCGGUUCCAUUGGUGACAAGGUCAAGAAUGCCCUCGGCAUGGAGAAAUAA